CACAGCCCCCCGGGCGCCGGCCGCGGCCUCCCCAGAGCCUGAGAGGAGCGAAGCGGCUCUGGCGGGCGGAGGUCAGAGAGUGUGGUGGCGAUGGUGCCUUCUCUGUGUGCCCCGGCGCCCUGACGGGAGGCUGGUGGCCACAGGUCUUCAUCAUUUAAUGGGAGUGACUCUUGGGCAGGGCACAGCUUUCCUUCUGACAGAUCCAGUAGCACCUUUUUUCUUGCUUCUAAAAUUUCCUAAGGCUUGUCUUGAUUUGGACACACUGCUGGAAACUACUUCUGUGGGCAAGAAUGGGCUGUCGGGAUGUUCAUGCAGCAACAGUACUGGCCUUCCUCAGUGGAACAGCUUCAGUAGCUGGACUCCUUGCAGCAGUUCUGCUUCCAAAUUGGAGGCAAAUGAGACUGUACACAUACAACAAGAAUGAGAGGAAUGUGACUGUUUACACUGGACUCUGGAUUAAGUGUGCUCGGUUUGAUGGGAGCAGAGACUGUGUGAUAUACGACCCCCAGUGGUACACUGCUGUCGAUCAACUGGAUUUGCGUGUUCUUCAGUUUACCCUUCCACUGAGCAUGUUUACUGCUGUCUCGGCUCUCUUUCUGUGCUUGAUUGGCAUGUGUAACACAGCCUUUGUAUCCACCGUGCCAAACGUCAAAUUGGCCAAAUGCCUUGUGAACAGUGCAGGCUGCCACCUCGUGGCUGGCCUCUUGUUCCUGCUUGCGUGUGCCAUUUGUCUCACUCCCUCAGUCUGGGUCAUUUUUUAUAACAAUUAUCUGAACAGAAAAUACGAACCUAUCUUUAGCUUUGACAUCUCUGUAUUUAUUGCCAUUGCCAGUGCUGGUGGUCUGUUUUUCACUUCCAUCCUGCUGUUUCUGUGGUACUGUGCAUGUAAGAGCCUACCUUCUCCUUUCUGGCAGCCCCUCUAUUCCCAUGCCCCCAGCAUGCACAGCUAUGCCUCUCAGCCCUACUCUGCACGGUCCCGCCUCUCUGCUAUGGAAAUUGACAUCCCUGUUGUGACACAUGCAUCUUAACAAGACAGAGUCUCUGAAGCCAAGUUCUUGUGCUCAUUCAACCCCUGGAAAUUGCAGGCUUGAUUCUCUCUGCUGCCUUGCACUGAGCAUGAUCAUUUGUAAGGUCAAGUUUCCCAAGGUGCAAAGCAAUGGAGACCUGAGUUCAGCAAGGCCAUUGCUGUUCUCUUGUGUUACUUUAUCAGCAACUUCUUUUUUUUAGGAAAACAAAACAAAACAAACCAAAACAACUCUGAGCUCACUAUGAACAAAAUUGCUGCUAAUGCUGGGACAGUACACUAACAAUAGUAUCUGCUCAUCCUUCUGCUUACUGAGAAGAAAGUAGGUUUGAACCUCUUUGUUAUUUAAUAAGCUGUAACUAGAUUCUGGUCCCAUUGUAAGAGCUACAUAGGUGGACUCUUGCACUUGUGCAUUAUCCACAUACAGGCAGUGGAACUGAGUGCAGGGAGUCACUGGGUUUCUUUUUCUUCUAGUCACGUAUUUUAAGAUGGGAUGUCUGAAAAGGGUAUUGGCAGAUUAAUUCAACUCUAGGACUCUGUUUACCACUGCACACACAAAAAGCUUAUGAAUGUCUGUAACAGAAUUAGUGUCAACUUACCCUUUAUUUUGAAAGUAGAUAUGAGAAGAAAUGAAACUGAUUAAUAAUGUUCUUCUGUACUUCACAUUUUGUGAAUUACUGGAGGCUAGAAACUUUUUUGAACUUUAUUUCUAGUCUUUUUUAAUAAGUAAAUUUAUUAGAUCUAUAUUGUGUUUAAGACAAAAACAUUUGCAUUGAAAAAUUCUGUUUAGAAGUUUGAAUAUUUUAUUUGAAGGCCAUCUUGAACAUGGAUUUUUCAAAUAGGCUUUAAAGUGUUCUUCAGUUCUGGAGAAAAAUGUCACUCACUGCAAUAAUACUGAAUGCUAUGAAAGAUUUGUUUGGAACACUAUAGAAGCUUAUAACAGCAUCUUGGGGAUUAUAACCCUGGGGAGAGAUUUUUAAAUCUGGAUUGUUGAGGUUUUAAAAUGUAUAUACAAGUAACAAUGAGCUUGUGUUGUCAUUCAAGCUUUUCAGAGUUGAUCUUUAUGAUUGCUGGAUGUUUCAUGCAGUAGCUUAUUGAAUUACUGAUUAAGACUUAACCUUCUCAGUCUAGUUCUUCAACACCAUUCAAGCUGAGCUGUUUUAAAAUCCAGUAUUUCCUGUGCUGCAACCUCACAACUGGAUAAAGUUUCCCAUUCCUAUUGUUGCAAGAUAAGGUUUUGAAUAACUUGUGAGCUUCACAAGGAUGAAGAGGGAUAAUAAAUUCCCAACCUGGGAUGUAUUUAAGUAAUUUGCUCUUUAAAUCAUUUCUUCCCUCUAAAAUGCUGAGCAGGUCAGCCCUGAGGAUCAAAGUUCUUCAAUAUGGGCUUUGGCAUUACUUGGAACUUUGACAACAGUGAGUUGAAGAGUUUUAUAAUGAAGGCAAGUAUUUGCUUGGCUCAAAUUUUGCAAAUUGUUAUCUUGUGUUUCAGAUGUCAUUCUGGUAAGGGAAGCUAUUUUGAUUGCUGGCGUUCUGGAACUUAGUGGAUUUCAUUAAUCCCAGAACAAAUCUCUUUUUGCUAAAAAUCAAAUGAUGUUCUUGAAUUUGAAUUCUGCAAACCCAUUUGAGGUCAUGCAUUUUUUUUUCUUUUCCAUUCAUUAGAAAUGGGAACAAAUGCUGUGCUGGGCAAAUCUUGUUCUGUUACAAUAACCUGUGCAAUAACCUCUGUCUGUGAGAUAACCAUAGAUAAAGAAGAAUCAUUUUGCUUUUACUGGAGGGCUUGAACUUUAGUGGUUGAAUGAGGAAACUGGUCAUAAAUCCCCAGACUAGCCAGUAAGGGGACAGGCCUUUCAGGUAGAGUGCUUGAUUAAAUUGCAGUCUGAGGAAUUAACACUCUAGAUGAUAAAGAAUUCUUAAGGAGAUAGGCCUCUAAAGUCACAUUCGUUUAAUACCCUCUUAGGUUUACAAGGUCUGGUGUUAGAUGAAGUAUCUUGUAUUGUUAUUGUUAUAUUCUGAAUAUGGGAUUAAAACACGACAAGACAGCUGUUUUUUCUUCACAACUGAAGCUUGUUUUACAGUUAUGCUGGUUGUCCAACCAUAGAUACAGUUUCAGCUGCCAGUAUCCUUAUUUCCUUUGUCAGGUCAAAGCAAAGGGACCACUGUUUUGUGAUUUCUUGUUGCUUGCUUCACCAUUGCUCCUGUGUUGUCUUCUUUGUGCCUUGCUUAAGCUAUGAGUUGGCCAGUAAAUGUUAGUUUACAGUCAGUAUCUGGUAUGCUUUUGAGUCUGAAUUUACAAAGCAUUUUGAUAAUUUUGGAAGGAUGAUGAACACAUCUCUCAGUGACUUUAAAAGGAGCUGAAUCUUCCAACAUCUCCAGAGCAGGAAAGGCAGCCUGGCAAAUUCAUGUUUUCUACAAGGAGUAAAUACAGCCAGUGCUGUGUUCUGUUCUGUACACUUCAAAUAGCAGAUGUCUCUGACAGCUCUUUUAUAUUCUGAAUUUGAUUUUUAUUCACUAAACUUUCAGUCAGUAUUUGCUGCUGCCUCAGCUGGUAACUUGUUGCUUUGAAAACUGUCUUUUCAAAAGCCAGAGGUGAAUCUGAGUUAUGUGAAGCAGGGAUCCAGAAGUUAGUGGAUUCCAGUGUAGGUUUCACUUCAGGUCAUCUUUAUGCAUAAGGGUGUUGCAUCAUGUUGUAUCACUGAAGCACGGCUGGGUUUCUUUCAAGAGCGCUGUUAAUGUGAGCUUCUGCUGGAUCUGAAGUGAAAUUAACUGGAAGUGCUGUGCUGUAUCUCUCAUUCUUUACAGAAGAGGUGGCUAACCUGUGACACUUGAGCCAAGUGCCACUCCAGCAUUCCUCUUGCUAAGGUUACCACGGUGCCCAGCAGGAGGGCUGGGUGCUGACAGGGCCCCCAGGAUUUAGGGAGGAGAGCAAGAACCUGCCAGGGAGCAGCCUCUGUGGAGCUGUUGGCACCCCUGCCCAGCUGCUCCCUGCAUGCAGGUCAGGCACUUGGGGUCUUUAACACAGGAAGAUUUUAAUUUGUGGCUCAUGCAGUCAAAGGUUGGGUGCUCUGGGGUCACAGGAAUCUGUAUUUUUUUUUUCCAAGUAAUUCCUGUUCAACUUCUUAAAUUGUGUUUAAUUACAGUGUUGGUUCUUUUUAUGUGAAACAGAAGAUAUGUAUUUUUAAUAAAACAUUCUCAUACA